AUGACGGAUAAUAGCAGUACACCUAUCGAUUUACGCAUUAAACGUAAACGUGAUGACAUUGAUGAAUAUAAAUCAUCAACAAAGAAAAAAUCUCGAAAUAAUUAUGAAUAUGAAAUUCCACUUGAUUUAUCAAUUAAAUCUCAACAACAAGACCAACAUAAUGCAUUUAAUCCAAUAAAUUCACCAUCAACACCAUCAUCAUCGUCAAUACCUUUUUAUGAUCCAACAAAUCUUCUAUUUAAUUCAUCAGCAUUACUCUAUGAUUUAUUUUUAGCAAAUUUAAAUUCAUAUUAUCAACAACAACAACAACAGCAGCAACAGCAACAACGUGUGAAUAUUGAACCAACAGUAUCUAUAUCAAAACCAACAAAACAACAAACAAUAAAUUCUUCUCGUAAUAUAAAAGAUACUUCAACAAGUAAACAAGAAUUGUAUGCAUGUUCAUGUGGUGAAAAAUAUUCUAAUGUUGCUCAUCUUGUUAGUCAUCUUAAAAUAACAAAUCAUAAUGCCCAAUUAUCUUCUACACAUGAUGAAGUUGCUAAACUUGUUCGUGGUCAAGAUAUAUGGCUUUCACGUGACACAAAUCCAGCUAAUCAAAUAUUAAAAUGUCUUCGUUGUUCAUUAUCAUUUGAAACUUUACCUGAUUUAACAGCACAUAUGAUGAAAACAAAUCAUUUUACACAACUUUUACCUUCAUCAUCAUCAUCAUCAACAGCAACAACACUAUCAACAUCAGCACCAUAUCAUCAUUCCAAUUCAAAACAACAACAACAACAACAGCAACAGCAUUCACCAACAAAACUUUUAAAUCCUCCAUCAUUAAUUCGUUCAACCUGUCUUAUUUGUUCACAACAAUUUGCACGUGAAGUUGAUCUUGUUGAUCAUAUUCAACAUUAUCAUCAAAUACGUUUUAAUUGUACAACAUGUGGAAUGUAUUUUGAAAAUGAAAAUCUUUAUAAAGAACAUAUUUUAAAAGAAAUGCAUCAUAGAAAUGGAAAAGCUAAUCGAAAUCGUGAUUAUUUUCUUAAUCAAUGUAAAACAUUACAAAAACGAUCAUUAAUAACAAAAACUGAACGACCAAAAUCUCGAUCAUCAAUUGAUAAAGAUGUUGAACAAGUAACAUUAGAUUUAAUUGAUCGUAUUGUUAAAAAUGAUGAAGAAUCUAAAGAAUUAACUAAUAAAAUAACAACAACAACAACAACAAAUGCUAAUGCACUUUCACUUUUACAAAAUUUUGUUAUUAAACAAACUCCAACAACAAAUCGACAAUCAGAUUUAAAUAAUAAUUAUGAUGAUGAAAAUACAAAUUUAUCACAAAAUGAAAAAUCUUUAUCAUCAAAUAUUUAUCAACAUGAAAAGAUUUCAAAUAAUUUAUCAUUAAAAUCAAAUGAAAGUCCAUUAGUAUCAUUAGAAAAAAUGCUUUCUUAUCCAACAACAACAAUUCAAUCUUUAUCAACAACUAUAAAUGAUAAUGGAACAAUGUCAAAUGUAUCGAAUAAUUCAAUAAUGACAAUAAAGAAAAAAAAAUUUGAUAAAUACAGAUUAUUUGCUGAAAAAAUGCUUCGAUCUACGUUGUCAUAA